AGAUCUGCAAUAAGUUCCAUUUUCAUCAUUAUUUUCUUUCUAAGAGUCCUUAUUAUGUUCUUUCCUACUCCAGAUUUGUGUGUCUGCUGUCUUUGUUCCAGAAUUCACCUUCCUUCACCUUCAAGACAACUUUGAGAGGAAUGUUUUUGCUUAUUCAAUCUGCAUGUCCCUCCUUCCUGAAGGUUGUGUAAUCAUUGGAGUGACCUUCAAUUCCUGCUAACUUUAUUGGAGACACUGGCUCAUUUGUUAUGAUGCUAUGGUAUCCGAUUUUUAUGGAGAGGCAUUGAUAGGAAAGGUAAUAUUGGCACAAUUAAUAUUCAUCAUGUGUUGGAAAAAUUAAUGAAAACUUUCUGUGAGGGGAAGGUAAUGCUGAUAUUUCAAUAAAAACUUUCAUGUGUUGGAAAAAUUAAUUUCCACCAGUGAAGAACUCCAUCUUUCUUAUCCUUUUCGUGACAUUUUGGUUGCCUAAGGUUUUAUCAAAAUUAGAACUUGCAAUGUCUCAUCUUCCCAAUUAUCUUGUAAUCACCAGACCGCUGUAAUAUUCAUCAUUUACUAACAUGUUAAUUAAUAGGGAAAUUUCAUCUCUGGAACUAAGGCUGUUAAUCUCACUCUUUUUAUAUCCUUGUAGUUCCCUCUCUUGCGCUUUAGUGAGAAGAAUUUGUUUACGAGAGAUGGGAAUAUCUACCAGCUUUCUCAGGUUUGGCUGAAGGCUAUUUAACGUUUGUCCCUGGCAGGUAAUCUGCAUUAUAUUUUACAUGUUUAAGUGGUGAUAUAACUACCAAAAUAACUAAUAAAUCUUGUUACACCCUUAAAAAAUUAUGUAAUGAUGCAUUUAUGACGUGCAUGGAUGAGAUAUUUUAUCUGCUUUUACUAAUCGAUGUUCUGAUCUGGAUCAGUAUUGCUUUUACUGGCCAGUCCCCCCGGGUUUGAAUUCUGGCUUGAAUGUCUAAUGAUGUAAUGAUGCAUAUUUAUCAUGCAUGGACGAGAGAUUUGAUAUGCAUUUACUAAUUGAUGAUCUGAUCUGGAUUGGUAUUACUUUUUCUGGUCAGUCCUGGUUUUGAAUUUUGGCUUGGAUCUCUUUUCUCUUUUUUUGGCGCUAGAAUCUUAUUAUGAAUGCAUUAGCCAUUAGCAUUGGCCCCAAAAAAAGAGGAGGAUCUCCGACUACUUGACCUUUCUAAUCAUCUCAUUCUCUUUUCAUUUAGGUUGGUAGACUGUAAAUGUGACCCAUUUGAAGUUCAGCUGGCAAGCUUCCCCCUACAGCUGUUGGAUUAUGUUUUCUGGUAGCCUUUUGCAUGGCUCUCCAGAAGCACCAUAAAGGAACUGAUAAUGAAGAUCUCUGUUAAUCAGUAGGAGAAGACUUUUUUGAGCUUGACUUUCUGUUUACGUGUUUCCUUGAUUCCCAGAUUGCUUGUCUUAAAUCAUAUGCAAAAUGAUACCAUGCUUCUGUAUUUGAAUGGUUGUGGCGUUUGAAUGCCUUAAAUAAAUAGUAAUACUCAAUUGUAUUCAAUUGUGACUGAAUUAUAAACAUGAAUUAGUAGA